CGCGAGCGCUGGCACCGCCCGCUCCGGAACAGGGUCCGUCCAGCAGCUCCAGUCCGCCGCCGACCAUGCUGCUCCACGGGCAACCGCCGCCCGCGCUCCGGCCCGGGGAACUGCGCCCCGCCGCCCCUCUGCUCGCGCUGUUGCUGUUGCUCCCCCUCCAGCAGGCGGCGGCGGCGGCACCCGCAGAGUCCGGGGGCUUCGAGGUCCCCGGAUGGCGCCAGGACACACAGCCCCCGCGCAGCCUCCUGCAGCAAGCGGCGCGCGCUGCUCUGCACUUCAUCAACUUCCGCGCGGGGUCGCCCAGCGCCUUGCGAGUGCUGACUGCGGUGCAGGAAGGCCGCGCGUCGAUUCGUUCAAAAGAAGGAUGCAGAGUUGACCUGGUUUUUACCACGGAGCGCUAUAAUCCAGAGGAAGGUGAGGGACAUUUGGGGAAAUGUUCUGCACGAGUAUUUUUCAAGAAUCAGAAACCCAGACCAGCCAUUAAUGUAACUUGUUCACGGCUCAUUGAGAAGAAGAAAAGAGAACAAGAGGACUACCUGCUUUACAAGCAAAUGAAGAAACUCAAAAAUCCCUUGGAUGUAGUCAGCCUACCUGAUAGUUAUGGACAUAUUGAUCCCUCUCUGAGACCCAUGUGGGAUUUGGCGUUUCUUGGCAGCUCAUACGUGAUGUGGGAAAAGACAACACAGUUUUUAUACUACUAUAUGAUACAACUCCAUAGUGUGAAGCAAUGGAAAAUUAAUGAUGAUGCAAUUGAUUUUGAUUAUACUGUUCUACUUCAUGAAUUCUCCACACAGGAAAUCAUUCCCUGUCGGAUCCACUUGGUGUGGUACCCUGGCAAACGACUUAAAGUGAAGUACCACUGUCAGGAGCUACAGACACCAGAGGAAGCCUCUGGAACUGAAGGAUCGGCUGUGGCACCAACAGAGCUUAGUAAUUUCUGAAAACAAAAGAGAACUGCUUACACUCAAUGGCCUAAAUCGUUAUUUAGUAUUUUCUGAAAAUAAAAAAGAACGGCUUACACUCAAUGUCCUAAAUCAUUAUUUUAGUAAAACAGCUAAGGUAUAAGGAAUUCUAGUAAUUCGAGAAGACCUGUGAUUUUAAGUUCUCAAAAAUGAAAAGAUGUUGUGUUUUUUGGUUUUUUACUUGGGUCACACAGCAGCUUCCUCAUGGUUACAGCCCUAAAUAUAAAAACCCAGUCAAAUUAGUAAAUGCUGCAACUGGAUCAUAAAUUUUUUUUUUUAAUUGAUGGUCUCAUCUCUAAAUCUGCAUUUCUCAUUAUUCUGAUCACAUUAUAACCAACUAUUUCAUAUUACUAAAUUGCUUCAUCUAGCAUGUAAAUAAUGUAUUUCCAAUGAAAGCAAAUUAUAGGCAAAAAUAUUAACUGUAUAAAAGGAAUUUUACUAUUUUUUGAUUUCAAAUAUUCCUUUUUAACUUGAUACCUAUUUUUAAAUAAAUGUUCAAUUUUUAAAUAAAUGUCUGCAGAAACUUGUAUGCAUAGGCAAAAUCUGUGCUAAAUUGGAAUUAAGUGAAAUCUUAAGAUUUUUUAAUUUAAACUUUUUACAAAUAAAAAAUAUACAAAAUGUCUUACCAGAUAAAGCUGCGUGUCUGUGAACAUGUAUUAACUGGAAUGCUAAUGUAACUGAAAGUAUAUCAAAUAUUAACAAUUUUCAUUUAUAAGGACAAGACUGGACCUAGUUUUGGUCUAAAUAAUUUAUCAUAGCACACACAGUAUGUACCAUAAUCAAAUUCAGUGGAGUUCCUCCCCAAGGCAGGAAAAAUUGAUCCCGGAAAUGUUGCCUCUCAAAAUUAGAAUUGUUUAUUGGAACACUUAUAUCAGUGUCUUAAAAACCGUUAGCCAGGUUCCUUGGCCAAUAAUUGGUUUGGAAGCAUUAGCUUUUAACUCUGCACUGUUAGAAAACUGGAGACGUUUAUCCUUAAGAAAGUUUUGAAAACAUGGACUCUUACAAAAUAAAAAUAAGAUGGAUAUUGUUACUCUUUAGCAGAUCUAGUUUAUAUAUUUCUCUAUGUAAAAUCCCAACCCUUUGUGUUUAUCUUCCCAACAUCCACUUAAAGAGCUGUUAAAGCAUUGGAAAUAAAGGAAACAAACAUCAGA